AUGACACCAACUCCCUUAUUGAACAUAUUCAUUGAAAAUAAUCUGAAUGGAAACAAAUAUAAGGAAUGGAAAAGGAACCUGAUAACUGUCAUGAGCUGUGAGAAACUUAAAACAGUUAUUGAUACUAAGUGUCCUCCUACCACUCAAGCUGAUGUUGGAAAAUCUUGGGAAGAGUCUGAUGAGAUAUCUCGUUGCUAUAUGUUGGCAAGCAUGACCAACACUCUAUAUGAAAACUUAGAGAGCUGUGAGACUACUAAAACGAUUUUAGAGAAGCUAAAAAACAUGUUGGGAGGAAAAGCUACCUUGGCUUGA